AUGGAAUCUGAGAGGAAGUUGAUAGAGCAAAGGGUACAAGAAAAGAUCUUGAAGCUUGAAGAACAAAUGGUUCAGGUAUCAUAUCAUAACUGAACUUAUGGUUCUUAUAAUAAAAGAAAGUUUUGUGGAUGAAACUCUCAAUUUGCUGACCUCCAUGAAAUUAUUGCGCUCUUCAAAAAGACAAGUCGAAUAGGCUUAAAAUAAAAUCGAAAUGUUCAAAAAUUAUCAACAUUGUAAUCAGCAAUAUUUUAAGAAAUAUCUCAUGGCUUUCUCUAUCCAAGAAAUAACUAGAUUUGGUGUGCUUAUGAAGGUUAAUAAGAAUGAGAAGUAUCGAUUUUAUCUAGCAAAAGUAAUUAAGCUUCUUCCAAAUGUCACCAGACAACUUAGUCUAAGAAAUUGAGAGAUCAGGGAUAAGCAGCUCAGAAAAAUAAUUCAAAUAGGAAGGCAUAUUCCUCGGAUACAUUUUAUCAACAGUUACAUAUACCUCAAUGACCUAAAGUUAAGCGAUUGAUUAAACUACGAAAUCAGAGCAAUAGAUUUCAUAAUUUUAGGUAAAACUCCUAGUUCAUAUUGGAGAACAAUAGAUGAAAAUAUCCCUAAAUUCCUGAAAGCAGCUUCUUCCACCUCCCUUAAAACCUCUCUCAAAUCAAUGCAAGCAAGCAAUCUGGCAACCCAGAUUCUUAUACAAACCCUCUCAUCAGAAUUAGAAUUUCCCAAUCUAAAAUCCGGGUUUCCAUUUCUCAGCUAA